CAUAAUCUCCACUCAGCAGGUCAGCUAGCUAGCGCCGCUUCAAGUCGAGUUGGGAGGAUUUAACACAAGCUUUUAAAACUAUGUAUCGUCAGGAAUAUGUUCUGCAAAUUGUUUCAACUUUAAUCCUCCCGCGUCUACAUGUAAAAGCAAAGUCCAGUUUAAGUCGUAAACUUUCGGAACCUGAGAGAAACACGGCCUCCCAAAACUAGAAAUGUCAAAUCCCAUGCUAAGCUAAGCGGCUAACGUCAGCUACCGUUAGUAUCACGUAAGUGCGAAACUUUUAACCGUCUUCGUUUGGGUUUAACUUCACCUCAGAGGUCAUCCAGGUUCUAAGUAAAGGAAUUACUCUUUUGGAUCUCACUGUGCAUGAAGCACUCCCGAGGUUGUGGUGUCUGAUUGCUGCGUCGCCUUGCUCAUCCUGCCGCUCAUCAUGUCCUCCACCUCCUCCUCCUACUCCUCCUCGGGAGAGACUAGUCCGGAGGAUCUACCCCGAGGUGGGGGCACUAUCCGAGUCUACCUCCCAAACAAGCAGAGGACAGUGGUGAAUGUUCGCCAGGGACAAACUGUGCACGAGAGCUUAGAUAAAGCCCUCAAAGUGAGAGGCCUAAGCCAGGAGUGCUGCGCUGUAUUUCGCCUUCUUGAAGGCCGUAAGAGACUGACAGAUUGGGACACAGACAUCACUCCUCUGGUCGGAGAGGAGCUUUUAGUUGAGGUCUUAGAUGAUAUUCCACUUACCAUGCACAACUUUGUACGGAAAACCUUCUUCAAGCUGGCUUACUGUGAUUUCUGCCACAAGUUUCUUUUUAACGGCUUCAGAUGUCAGACAUGUGGAUAUAAAUUUCACCAGCACUGCAGUAGCAAGGUCCCUACUGUGUGUGUGGACAUGGAUACAGUGAGCAAACGGUGUGAUUCCACUACCUGCACAUAUGAGUACCCACAGAUUCUAUUGCCAGAUAACUCCCCUUCGCAGAGCAACCUAGCCUUAACCCCCGAGCCUUCUGGGAUGGACCUCCUGUCCCCGACCUCGGCUUUCCACUUCCCCUUGCCGGCUGGAGACGGCCAGUCUCUACAAAGGCAUCGCUCCACCUCCACACCUAAUGUUCAUAUGGUUAGCACAGUGGGCCCUGCUGGCGUCAGCAUCAUAGAGGAAGCACUAAAAAUGAACAACACAAUAGGUCCUGAGCCCUCGCCGAAGCCCUCCACCAGCCCACCGUCUCAUCUGGGCUCUCCUGGUAGGAGACCUCCCAAGUCUCCCUCAGAGCACAAGGAGCGCAAGUCCUCCUCAUCGGACGAUAAAAAAAAAGUGCACCGAGGGGGCUACAGAGACUCGAGUUACUACUGGGAGGUUCACUCGCGAGAAGUCAACAUUCAGAAGAGAAUAGGAGCUGGAUCUUUUGGAACAGUCUUUAAGGGCAAGUGGCACGGAGACGUAGCGAUUAAGAUCCUUAAAGUCACUGAGCCGACACCCGAGCAGUUACAGGCUUUCAAAAAUGAAAUGCAGGUCUUAAGGAAGACCCGCCACGUCAACAUCCUGCUGUUCAUGGGCUACAUGACUAAGCCCAACUUCGCCAUCAUCACGCAGUGGUGUGAAGGCAGCAGCCUGUAUCGCCAUCUGCAUGUCACAGAAACCAAGUUUGACACUAUGCGUCGCAUCGAUGUGGCCAGACAGACGGCACAGGGCAUGGAUUAUCUUCAUGCAAAGAACAUCAUCCACCGAGAUCUGAAGUCAAACAAUAUUUUUCUCCACGAGGGCUGGACUGUCAAGAUCGGUGACUUUGGCUUGGCCACAGUGAAGUCUCGAUGGAGCGGCUCUCAACAGGUUGAACAACCCAGUGGAUCCAUUCUGUGGAUGGCACCUGAGGUGAUCCGAAUGCAGGACACAAACCCCUAUACAUUCCAGUCUGAUGUAUACGGCUACGGAGUGGUGCUGUUUGAGCUGAUGUCAGGGACCCUGCCUUACUGCAAUAUCAACAACAGAGACCAGAUAAUCUUUAUGGUUGGACGCGGUUACUUGUCUCCAGACCUCAGCAAGCUGUCUAGUACCUCACCCAAGUCAAUGAAAAGGCUCAUCGUCGACUGCUUGAAGUUCAAACGGGACGAGAGGCCGCUGUUUCCACAGAUCUUGGUAGCCAUCGAGCAGGUGCAAGAUCUGCUGCCAAAAAUUGAGCGGAGUCGCUCGGAGCCGUCGCUCCAUCGGGCCGUCCAUGCUGAGGAUCUGAACCCCCUCCUGUUCCACACCACCAGGCUAAUGCCCCUCUAGGCUCACCACAGCACUGGGCAGAGAAGGCCAUCAACCUGUCCGCAACUUCAGCAUUCCAGUGCCUCAGAGAGGCCACAGGCUGACUGUCCUGACAGACCACGAACCCCCAAACUCACCUUCCACCACUGCAAAGCCCCGGAGCUGCAGCACUCAAUGUAAAACACAGUAACUGCAGAAAUAUUAUAACCACAUGUUGAGUCUUAAAGUGUGUCGUCUUUCCCGUCAAACAAGUGACAAAGGUCUGCUUAUUAGGUGAUAUAACUGUCUUGUGAAUCUCAAAGUGAGACAGAAUGCUUGUUGCCAGUCCACUAGAGAAAACUCAUCAAACUGCUCGGGUCGCUUUACUAACGUUUUUUAAUAUAUUAGAUUAUUCGGAUUGCGCUGACGCCGCAAAAUGGUGUUGAACCAUGAUCAUUAGUAAAACAGUCCUUCUUAUACAUCUUAUGGGGCACUUUAAUCGUAGCCAAAGAUUUGAAUCAGUUCACGACCACAAUCAUCGUAUGUCAAACGCUCACUUGUCAUGUCUGUUGCCAUUUGAAUGGAACCCGAGAUUUAAAGAUCGUGAUUGGAAACCAACCUUAGUGCCAAGUUUGAGGUGGAAAAUAUUUCACAUGCAACCGAUCUGACCGUAGCAACAUGAGAAAAUUGAAGCCCUGCAUAGUUUGGUCAACUAUGCAUAACUCUUAAAGCAGAGGUUAACAAUUACGCCUGAUGUUACUUGUGCAUUGAAUCAGAACAGAGUUCUGUUGUGAGCCGCGCAGGUUCUAUGUGAUGGGUGUGGACUCCUAUCUGCUACUUGAAGAACUACAAAAAUGGUUGACUCAGUGUUAGCCUAAUCAUGCAGGACCUUAUUGAUGUCUACUAGUAUUGCGACCGAAAAUAUGAAUACGCUUUACACCUACAGACAUUGUAAACACUUUGAGAGAAGCUGUUUUAAUUUUCUUCUUUCUCUGCUGAGUUUUAAACUGUAUGAAUUAGGAACAAGACAACAACAGAUCUGACUCAGCUGGUCAAACUCUUCAAAGUAAAGUACCACAUCAACAGAGAGUCAGGACCCCUCUGAAGAGGAUAAAACGUUAAAAUGAAACGCAUGUUAUGUUUUUUAACUUGUUCCACUGGGACUCAGCUCGGAUUAUAAAUAUGCAGUUUGUUCUGGAUUUCAUGAUGAUUUCAAAUCUUUGCAGGUUCUGAGACAAACCCCUUCAAACAUCACAUCAUACUUUUCAAAAUAACAAAAUGUUGGUACACAUAAAAAACCUGUUUGAAGAGAGAGCUGAGGUUAAGGUCCCUUCUUUAAGUCCCUAUACUGAACACAAAUAUUAAACCAACACUUACUUCCCUGUUUUAUAAGUUUAAAUUAAUACAACAAGACUUUUUCUGUUCACGAGAGAGAAUAAAUCUAAAUUGUUGAAAUCCAUGGUAAGCAAUUCGGCUUUGCAUGUAGUCCCUCCACUCGUUACAUGUAACCUUCUAAUGAUUUCACAUCCCUCUACAAAAUACACACAACAAAUGCUCCAGAUGUUGCAGAUUUCCAGGAGCGUGCAGUAGACGGGCUGACUGCAGCGACGUCUCUAAUAAUUCAAACCCAGGAUCCCCAUAUCAGGCAUCUUCACCUGCAAGAUUGGCUGAGGCAGUGUUCUGUCUGAUAAAAGAGAACAUUUCAAAUAGUCUCCCUUUUUAUUAACCCGUCAAAGACCCCAAUGUGUUACAACUGUUGUCAACUAGGCUUACUAAAACGGACACAAACAAUUAGGAACAAUAGUUUUUGAGAGAAAUGAAAACGAUCUCCAUUUUUUUGUCGUUAUCAAAAGAUUCUGACAUCAUGUCAGCUCAAACACAUCAACAUGUGCAGCUCAUUGAAGGACAGAUUUAUUUUCAGUCAUCUGUUUCUCGUCACAGUUUUAACGAGGACAUCAUCAGACUGCAGGUGUGAAGAUUUGACCUGCAUUGUUUUCUCUAAUAAUAUGUAUCCUCGAGAGAAAUGAACAGAAUUUAGUGAAUAGAAGUCUUAAUGUCAAAGUGACUGCUGCUUCAUACACACAGGAGCACACAGCUUCAGGUCACUCGCACUCGAGUCUUAAAAGUGAAUUCAAACGCUGCGACACAGUCACAUGCAAACAUGCACACUCAAACUACACGCAUUCAGUAUCAGACCAGGACGACUGCAAACAACAAGUUCCUGCUCCUUUUUAAACGACAAAACUGACAGAAGAGUUCAGAAAUCAAUAUUUAGUGGAAUAACUCUGAUGUCACUAGUCUCACUUUGCUGUUGGGUUAUGCAACUCUAGGCGCAAAAAGUCCAGCAGCUAGUGCGUAAAAUGACAGUGUUAGUCUUCACUCUGCUUCCAAUAUCCCAUCAUGAGUUUUCAGAUUCAGUCGUACUUUUAGUGUAUCGUACCUACAGGCUGGGUAAAAGUGUCACACAUUGAAGAUCCUCCUGAAACUAAAUCAGUCGUUACCGCGCCAUGAGAAGGACAUGCGUAUUGAAAGACGUACUUCUGUUACGGCCUCCUAAACAAGAAAAUAAUUAAACCAAGGCUCAGAAGCUGGAGACGGAAACGUACAAGGACGCCACACAGAAUUAAGUUUAACCCUGAGCUGUUUUAACCAUUAAAAAAAAAAAAAAU